AUGAGCAAGGCGCCUAAGAAGCGGGGCCUCUCGAUCGAAGAGAAGGUCUCUCGGGUCGAGGAGUGGUUCAUUUCUCACCCCACACCGUACACGCUGAAGGAUUUGCUGCUCGUGCUGCCGAAAGCGACUGGCGUCAUUCCUCAGUCGAUUGAGGAAUGUCUGGAGCUUCUCGUCUCCGAGAAUCGCAUCUGCCAGAAGAAGAUCGGCGUUCACGUUUUAUUUUGGCGGUUCCCCAAGACGGCGGCGCAGCAGUUGGCUGCGACAUUCAACGCCACCGGCGGUGGUGGGGCCUCGGUCGUCUCGAGGUACAUGAACUUGAGCUUGCCGCAGAUGCAGAAGGAACUCAACGCGCUACGAGAGGAGGAAGCGGGGGCGCGUCGUCGCAUUCAGGAGGUGUGUGCGGGAAUUGGCGAUGACGCAUCCGUACGUCACGACACCAUGAAGAUGCGACAGCUGCAGGAGGAGGUCAAGGCGCUUCGGGUGGAGCUGGAAAAAGCGGCUGUGUUUGAUCCAGUCAUGGUUGAGAAGGUGAAAGCCACCACAAGAGUGGCGCUGGAGUCUGCCAACAGGUGGACGGACAACGUGUACCUUUUGGAGCACCACAUCUCGCAACGAAUGGGGUUGACUCCAAGGGAGCUACGCAUGCGGCUGCAACUGCCCGCAGAUGUUGAUUACAUCGAAUUUGACGAGUUGGUGCCUGACCGCGAAGCGAAUCCAAAGACCACGGCGGCGACUCUCGAGAGGAUGUCCUCCUCACCCCAGCGAGCUGCGGAAAAUGCCGCAGGCGGUGUGGUGGAAGCCCCAUCACGAUCCCCCGCUGCGGAAGAAGCGGACACGCCCGCAGCAAUUAACACAAGCAGCACGCACAAGGAGGAGGAGGAGGCUGCGCCUCGCAACGGAAAGAAGGACACCCGCAACACCCAACAGCGGAUCAAACGAGGCCGGGAUGACGGCACGGUGGCGGCGAAGCAAAGCCAGUCAGUGGUGGCGGAUUCCCCACGGAACGACGCCAGUGAGGACGCACCGAGACGCACAGUCGCCCGCCGUGGCAGGAAAAAGAAGGAAUUGUAA